AGAAACAACUUCCCCUUUCAAAGAAUGUCAAGCUGUCAGCAGAAGUAGAACCGUUUAUUCCUCAGAAGAAGGGUCCAGAAACACUAAUGAUCCCAAUGGCACUUCCUAACGACAGUGGAGGAAUUAAUGGCAUGGAACCGACUCCAAUCCCUAGCUACCUGAUCACUUGCUAUCCAUUUGUACAGGAAAAUCAAUCCAACAGACAGUUUCCGUUAUAUAACAGUGACAUCAGAUGGCAGCAACCCAGCCCAAAUCCUGCAGGACCAUACCUUGCUUAUCCCAUAAUAUCUGCACAGCCACCUGUUUCUACAGAAUACACUUACUAUCAGCUGAUGCCAGCACCAUGUGCUCAGGUCAUGGGUUUCUAUCAUCCUUUCCCUACGCCCUAUCCUGCACCCUUUCAAGCAGCAAAUGCUGUAAGUACAGUUACUGCAGAAUGCACUGAGCGCCCCAGCCCAUCAGGCCAGGUCUUUCCAUUGUCCACUCAGCGGAGCAGAAGCAGUAACAGGGGACCAGUCAUUCAAAAACAACAGCAGUUACAGAUGCACAUAAAAAAUAAACGUCCUCCAGUGAAAAAUGUUGCCACUCAGAAGGAGACCAGUUCAUCAGGUCCUGAGAACAGAUCAAAGAUUGUUUUGUUGGUUGAUGCAUCACAGCAAACAGACUUUCCUUCGGAUAUAGCCAAUAAGUCACUUUCCGAGAGCGCCUCCACGAUGCUUUGGAAGUCAAAAGGCAGGCGCCGGAGAACGUCUCACCCUGCUGCAGAGUCCUCCAGUGAACAGGGCGCCAGUGAGGCAGACAUUGACAGUGACAGUGGCUAUUGUAGUCCUAAGCACGGCAAUAACCAGGCUGCAGCUAUGGCUUCAAGAAAUACAGAUUCUUGUGCAAUGAACGUUGUAGAACCAUCAAUAAAUACAACUGGUAUGGGUUGGACUAAUGUAAAUUCCCAAGCAACUCAAAAAAAACCUUGGAUUGAAAAAACGCUGACCUUUUCUAGAGGUGGAAGACAAGCUGAGCAAAGAAAUAAUCCACAGUCCGGUUUCAGAUGCAGAGACCACAGCACAUCUUCAGAAAGGAUGCAGAGUUUGCAGAAACGACAUGAAAAACCUUUGGCUGCAAGCCAGGCGAGCAGAGCGGAGCAGAGUCCUGAACCUCUGUAUUUUGAGGAUGAAGAUGAGUUUCCAGAGCUAAAUAGUGACAAUGGCAGCAGCAAAAGUAAUAGCAUCCAGCAAAAGAUUUCACCCAAAGUAUUGGACGACUUGCCAGAGAAUUCUCCAAUCAAUAUAGUCCAAACUCCAAUUCCCAUUACAACCUCUGUACCAAAGCGUGCAAAAAGUCAGAAGAAGAAGGCCUUGGCUGCAGCACUUGCAACAGCUCAAGAGUAUUCAGAGAUAAGCAUGGAACAGAAAAAACUUCAAGAGGCUUUAUCUAAAGCAGCUGGAAAGAAGAGCAAGACCCCUGUUCAGUUAGAUUUGGGUGAUAUGUUAGCAGCUCUUGAAAAGCAGCAGCAAGCAAUGAAAGCUCGUCAGAUCACCAACACCAGGCCUCUCUCAUAUACAGUUGGCAGUGCUGCUCCCUUUCAUACCAAAGAAUCUGCCAGCAGAAAGUCCUUAACAAAGGGACAGCCAUCUAUGGGUUGCCUUAAUCCUUUGGAUUCGACUGCCCCAAAAGUGAAAAGAGGAAAAGAGAGAGAGAUUGCGAAACUGAAGCGCCCUACAGCACUUAAAAAGAUUAUUUUGAAAGAGAGAGAAGAGAAGAAAGGCCGUUUAUCAGCUGACCACAGCCUUCUGGGUUCUGAUGAACAGAAAGAAGCUCAUUUAAACUUGACUGCUGACCAGUCUCAGGAGCUGGCCUCUCAGGAAGAAACUGGUCUGAGUAUGCCUAGUGAUACUUCACUUUCUCCAGCAAGUCAGAAUUCUCCGUACUGCAUGACCCCAGUGUCACAAGGUUCACCUGCUAGCUCUGGAAUAGGCAGUCCAAUGGCAUCUUCUGCAAUAACCAAAAUUCACAGCAAGAGAUUCAGAGAAUACUGUAACCAAGUUCUAAGUAAAGAAAUAGAUGAGUGCGUGACUCUCCUAUUGCAAGAGCUUGUCAGCUUCCAGGAGCGGAUUUACCAAAAGGAUCCCACGAGAGCUAAAGCAAGGAGAAGACUCGUUAUGGGGUUGCGUGAGGUUACGAAGCACAUGAAACUAAACAAGAUCAAGUGUGUAAUCAUCUCCCCCAACUGUGAAAAAAUUCAGUCUAAAGGUGGACUAGAUGAGGCUCUAUAUAAUGUAAUAGCCAUGGCACGGGAACAAGAAAUUCCAUUUGUCUUUGCUCUUGGCCGCAAGGCUCUUGGCCGCUGUGUGAACAAGCUGGUUCCUGUCAGUGUUGUGGGCAUCUUCAACUACUCAGGUGCUGAGGAUCUGUUUAAUAAGCUGGUAUCCCUGACUGAAGAGGCCAGGAAAGCCUACAGGGACAUGGUAGCUGCAAUGGAACAGGAACAGGCAGAAGAAGCCUUGAAGAAUGUCAAGAAGGCCCCGCAUCACAUGGGUCAUUCUCGUAACCCUUCUGCAGCGAGUGCUAUCUCAUUCUGUAGUGUUAUUUCUGAACCCAUAUCUGAGGUCAAUGAGAAAGAAUAUGAAACAAACUGGAGAAAUAUGGUGGAAACAUCUGAUGGGUUAGAGACCUCUGAAAAUGAGAGAGAAUCCAUGUGCAAGGCUGCAGUACCAGAAAAAGCUAGCAAUGGCCAAACGGAAAAAAUCACUCUUAAUAAACAACCACCUCUGGCUACAACUGGCGCUACCUCAGCAACAAAUCACGGAAAAUCCACGCCAGGUGACAAAGACGAGGUGAAACCAGAUGACAAUCUGGAAUGGGCCUCACAGCAGAGUACAGAAACAGGAUCCCUGGAUGGCAGCUGCCGAGAUCUUCUGAAUUCCUCCAUGACCAGUACCACCAGUACUCUUGUGCCAGGAAUGCUGGAAGAGGAGGAGGAAGAGGAAGAUGAUGAUGAUGAGGAUUACACCCAUGAACCAAUUUCCGUAGAAGUUCAGCUUAAUAGCAGAAUUGAAUCUUGGGUUUCAGAGACCCAGAGAACUAUGGAGACACUGCAGCUUGGGAAGACCCUUAGUGGUGCUGAAGAAGACAAUGCAGAACAAAGUGAAGAGGAAGAAUUAGAGACUUCAGAGCAGGCUGAUCCCAUCACUGAUGGGGAGGAAUGGACAAAUGAUAAGCAUACAAGUAACACUCAACAUAAACCCACCAUCUGCAGUUCUUUGAAUAAAGAACACACAGAUUCCAUCUAUAUGCCGUAAAAAAUAAGCAGGAACUCAGGAACUUUUUAGAAAUUAUAUUAAAACUAACUGUUGUAAAGGUUGCAGCCAUUAUUCCAUAUGCUUCAUCUCAACAUUUUGCACUGUUAAACAUUUAAUACGUGUAUUUAAUUCACACCAAUAUUUUUGUAGCUGUCUGUUACUUCUUUGAUUUGAAAACUAUCUUAGCUCUUAAUCAGUAUUGAUUUCCCAGAUUAGAAACUGUGUGGGAAAAUUGUCAGUAAGCAUUAAUUUGAUUUUUUGUAGAAGGAAACAUCUUGUAACUGACCAGUUUUAAGCAAAAUUCUUUCAAGUUGUGACUCUUAAGCAUAUUUUCAAACAGGUAACCUGCAUUAACACUGACAAAAACUACCAACAAUUCAUGUUGGUGGUAUAGUGUUACACUAGGCCUGUCAGUGUAUUUGGCCAUGACUUUCUAGUUCUAUCUAGAAAUAAAAGGAAGAUUUUGAUUCUCUUUCAUGAAAAGCUAGAAAAAGCCAUUUGCAAUCUUAAUGAGAAUUAAAUAGUAGAGAAAUUGUGUGUGAUUCUUAUGCUAAGAUAGAUGCAGCUUUUGAGUUGAUGUUGGUGAAUGCGUCAUUAAAAAGCUGCUGAUAACUGAGAUGGUUACAAUAAGCUAUAAUAACUUUGAUUCCAGAAAAACUUUAAACCAGAGGGAUAUAGUUAAUGUUUUGCAGAAUUUCUUUACAAGGUAGAAAUAUUGCAUUAAAAAAAAAAAA